AUGUAUUUUCCCACAUUUCGUGUUUUCGAUUUUCGCCACACUAUGAAAAUUCGAAAAUUUCUACGCCACAAAUCGGCCUCUCAAGCGCAUUCACUCUGGCUCACACAAGCCUACAUUGAUGGCAAAUGGCUGAACGCCGCGAACGGCGCUAAAUUCGAAGUCCGUAACCCUGCAAAUUUGGAAGUAAUCGGCAGUGUGCCCGACAUGACCGCUGACGAAGCACAGCGUGCGAUUGAUGCUGCGACUAAGGCAUUUUAUGCGCCCGAGUGGAAAUCCAUCACAGCACGUGAGCGUUCUCAGUUACUGAAAAAUUGGUACGGACUAAUAGCGCAGCACGGCGCCGAGCUAGCCGAUAUAAUCACGGCCGAAUGCGGCAAACCUUUAUCAGAGUCAAGAGAGGAGGUGGCUUAUGGCAAUUCGUUUGUGGAAUGGUUUGCUGAAGAGGCACGACGCAUUGACGGACAGAUCAUUGCUAGUUCUAUGGCAAAUCAGGAAAUAUUAAUACUGCGCGAUCCAAUUGGUGUUGUGGGACUUAUAACACCAUGGAACUUUCCGAUGGCGCUAGUGUUACGUAAAGCAGCGGCGGCACUGGCAUCGGGCUGCACUGUCGUUGUGAAACCUUCUGAGGAUACGCCACUUACCAGUCUGGCGCUUGCUAAGCUUUCGGAGUUGGCCGGCAUACCAGCAGGCGUUUUUAAUGUGAUCACUUCAAACACAGCUCCACCCAUCGGUGAGCUCUUCUGUAGUAGUCCACUGGUGAACGGCAUCUCCUUUACCGGCUCCACCGAAGUAGGCAAACACUUGUUUCGCCAGUCAGCUGGAUUACUGAAGCGUGUCUCGUUGGAGCUUGGCGGCAAUGCACCUUUCAUUGUCUUCGAAACGGCUGACAUAGCAGAGGCUGUGAAGGGCGCAAUGGUUUCCAAGUUUCGCAAUUCCGGGCAGACUUGUGUCUCUUCAAAUCGAUUCUACGUGCAUUCUUGCAUUUAUGAGACCUUUGUGGAGCAACUAAAAGCUCAAGUUGAGGCGCUCAAAAUCGGUCCGGGUCAAGACAAGGAAGUGCAAAUCGGUCCACUUAUUAAUGCAGCACAGCUAAAGAGAAUUGAGUCCUUCAUGAAGGAUGCGCGACAGAGACACAUGCGGGUAUUAUGCGGUGGCAAGCAAUUGGCGGACAAAGGACCGCUUUUUUACGCGCCCACCAUCAUCACAGACGUAGAUCGUACAGCGCGCAUAUACCGCGAAGAAGUAUUUGGACCAGUAAUUGUUUUGGCAAAGUUCGAGACGGAAGAUGAGGUUGUGCGUAGGGCGAAUAACUCUCUACGUGGUUUGGCGGGUUAUUUAUACAGUCAGGACUUGCAGCAAGUAUUUCGGGUAGCGCGACGACUUGAGGUCGGCAUGGUGGGCGUGAAUGUGGGAUUGAUGUCGCAAGCGGAAGCGCCAUUUGGUGGCAUUAAAGAAUCGGGUAUUGGACGCGAAGGCAGUCACUAUGGUGUUGAUGAGUUCACUGAAGUGAAGUAUAUCUGCUUGGGUGGGCUGAAGUAUGAUUGAAUGUAGGAUGAGGUGGCUAAUCAAUAUAGCAGUGAUGAUUUCAGGGGGUUGAGGUGUGUAUUGGGGGGAUUGAAGUGAUUGAAGUGAGAUUUACACAGAAGCCAUUGUGACGUCGAAUACCUCACACAGGUGAAGUAUAUCUUUUUGGGUAGGUUGGAGAUUGAUUGAGUGGGAGCAGUUGCGCUGAGAAAGAGUGGUAAUCACUAUGACAUCAAUCAGUUUAUGGGAGUGAAGCUUUGGGUGGAUUAAAGUAUGUUGGAUUGCGAGUAGUUGCGUUGAGGAGGUGGGGUAAUCACUAUGGCAAUAAGCAGUUUAUGGGGAUGAAGUAAAUUGGUUUGGGUGGACUUAAGCUAUGAUAGAUUUGGGGUACUCGCAUUGCGA